AUGGCGACCUCGAUGCUUCCCUCGGCGGGUAUUGCCCUUGUCGGGGCGCCGGAUAGCGACGCCGGACUUAAGGACGGCAAACAAGCGCCUGUGCAGGCCAUGCAGGUGGACAUUACCCAAGACAUUGUCGACGAGCUCCUAGAAAGCGCCAGGAGCGGGAAACCGCCGCAGAUAAUCUUCGGACGGACUCCUCAACUCAAGUACGGCGACAAAACACACAUGCUGCAGAGCAGCACCGAACUUCACCGAUACGAAUUGUACAAGUCGAGCGGGACUGGCGGCGAUGGCAGCCUCGAGUUUGCGGGCUUGAUCAACCACGGCCUCUUGGUCCACAAGGCGGAAGAUGUGACGGCAGGCGUAGACUCGGCGCUGGAGCAGCUCAGGAGUAACAUGGCAGCGAUAUCAGAGUUCAAGGAAGCCAACAAGUAUGCCUCCCCGGUGUUCCCAUGGCUGCCCACGAUCUUUGGCAUAUCCAGUCGAGAGACUCGAGCACCCCUGUCGCAGAUGGUUGCCAUAACCAUUGUCGGCGACGCUGCUCCCGGGCGCACACCAGCCCAUCGUCGCUUCCCUUCGACGGGCUUCAAGGCGUCGCACCUCGCUCCUUCCAUGAUGGGCUCGCCGCUGCUCGGCGCUCCUUCCUCGCCCAUGCACAAGCGGCCACCGACUUCGCAGCCGAGCAACAGCCAUGACAUGAUUGUCAGCGCCCUCCGAGUUCCCAUCAUCCACCUCCUGGCCCGCGAGCCAGCCACCGAGGCCUCUCUCGCCGCCACCUGCCGUACAUCUCUCGCCAUCAUAAAGGACGUUUUGCCCAAGAUAGCCAAACGCUCCACGGCCGAUGCAGACAAGUGGCAGCUGACAGACAAGUCGUUUCGUGAGGUGAACCCCUUCAAGUUCCCCUACCAGAGCGCCGAGCACCGACAACAAGCCAUUGAUGGCGCAAUCAAAUCGUUUGACCGCCAACGGCUGGCUAAGGACGACAAACUAUGGCAGAUUCUGCUUCCUCAUGACCAGAGAGGCCAAGGCAUAUGCCUCUCACGUUCGACAGUGAAGGCGCCAGAAGCCAAGCCCAAAGCCAAAGCGAGCACGCCAAUGCACAAGAUAUCCGACCUCACCAAGAAGAAGCCUGUCGCAAAGAAGGCUGCUGAUAAGCCUGCGGUUGAGAAGAAGCCCAAGGUCGCAAAGGAACCAGAAAUCAAGCCCAAGUCGUCGAUCAAGGAGAAAUACUUGGCUCGUGAGAAGGAGAAGGAGAAGGAGAAGGAGAGAGAGAAAGAGAAAGCAGCGGUGAACGUGAAAGAGGUCAAGGAAGAACCCACGAUAGCUACUGCUGCCACCACAUCCACACCUUCAAGCUCGACUCGACCUGUCGCACCUUCCAAGCCCAACACACCUGCGACUGACGCCUCCAAGAUUCGUACCAAGAAAGCACCUGCUCCAGAAGGCAACAUGAACCCACGUGCCAAGCCCAAGAUGUCUGGCCGCGAUUCACAAAGGGACCGCCCUACCAACAGGCCCUUCAAGCCUACCAUGCCUGUCAACACCAAGCCGAAGAACCCUUCACCGCUUUCGGCUUCACCGCCUGUCAACGCCAGCGACUUCGAGGAUUCGCACCCAGUUCACAAGGCUCUUGCUGCGGCUCCUUCGCCGGCCAAAUCCGCUGCCGGCAACUCGGACAGUUCGUUGAAGCGCAAGGCCAACAACAUCGACAGCGACAUCCACAACCAUUUAGCUGUGAAGAAGCAGCACGUUGACCGUCCGACCCCGACUCACACACCCUCGCAUACCAAUGGCAAGGCCACUGGCUCUACGCCCUCCAGCACUAGCUCCCUGAAGCGCAAGUCCGACGACUCAUCCUCUUCCAAUACUCCCACUACCGCGCCCAAGGUCCGUAAGGUUGCCAACAUCGACACUGGCCUCGCUUCGCGUUACCAUCACAAUAACCCUCGCGCAUCUCCAGGCGCUUCAUCAACUUCGACUACCUCACCCUCGAUGCCCAGCUUGAGUUUCCGACAAACAGUCGAGCUCUCGCAGAAGUUCCAGAAGUACUACAAGAGAUACGAAGAGCUGUACUGGCAGCUGACCGAAGCGGAGAAGCCCCCGACCGAGGCGCAGAGGAAUGAUCUCCUAAAGAUGCACAAAAAGCUUGAGGAGAUGAAGAGAGAGAUCAAGGCUGGUGCCGGCGUGCACCGAUGA